AUGUCUUUUGGUAGACAUGCUUGCCGGCAGGCAUUGAAGCCGAGCGCUCUCCCGCUUCAUGAUCACCUUUGGAUCAGCGACGAUCUUCUUGCAAUUACCUUCCGCCGCUUUGCAAACAGCCAGCGUCGCCAUGGCAGCUGCGUCCCCGGACCUUUGGAGGCGCGACGACGUUUGGCUAAGAGGCGAAAUACAGCUCUAGCAGGCUUCGGAGCUGGACCUGCAGAAGACAUUGCCUGUCUGUUCGGUCGAAAUGGCCGAGAACAUAUGAAAUGGACUGAUCACCAGUGGCAGAGACCGCAGACAGGAGUUCAAGGCUCUAGAGAAAACUCGGCGUCCAUGGCGCACAUCCCGUUGUUACUCGGCGACCAAGACCCCGGUCUAAUUGACGUUUUUGCUCCCUCCGACUUUCGAGCUCCUUCCCCGAAGGCGCACACUGUUUCUCCUUCCGACCAAUUGAAAUUGUUUCUAGAAGACAGUGACUGGGGAAUCGAGGAUGUAAGAGACUUUGUCCACCAUUUGCGGAUCGAUUUACAACGAUACCCAAAGUUCAGUCGGCAAAUAUUCGACAGUCUGCUAUUACGAUCAUCGUUGGACAUGGAUCAAAUCACUCAAAUCCUGGAUGAUCCGUUUUUGAAUGCCCGUGGAUCGGGUAACUACUAUGCGGCAGUGGAAAUGAUCUGUCGUACAAAGAUGAAGCGAUCAAGUCGGACUGCUGUACUUCGCUCGGUUUGCCGCGCGCUUGAAUUAGGACUCCUGCCCGCUGGCGAACUGCGCCUCAUCAUCAAGGCAUUGCCCCAUGUCAUUGCUGAGAGAGGACAAGCCUUGAGAAUCGUCGACCCGGUCGCCGUCAACAAACACUACCUGGCAAUGUGGAAAGCCAUCGGCCGCUGCAAUGUUCUCGGCUAUCGCGACAUGGACAGCGAGCUUGUGGGCGUUUGGCUCACGGAGCUUCUCAACUUGCGCAGCUUUCGAUUUGCUGAGCAAGUCAUCGUGGCUACUCACAGUGUGCAUACUCAGAAUCCUUGGGCAGUCGACCUGGUGAUCGCGCAAUUGGCCCAUGCCCGCAUCACCAAGAUCGCGCCAUCGUUCGAAACCCUGUUUUGUCAACUCCACCCUGACUAUGGCGUCCAAUGUAUCAUCGACGUCACAGAGACAUUGGCGAUAUCCGUGUUGAAUGACAAGAGGGUAGAGCUUCUUGAGAUGUGGCAAACUUGCCUUGAGAAAUUGACCAAUGUCUCUGCUCUUACGCCCUCCCAAGCCUGGCUGGAUCUGCCAGCGGCCUACGGCGAUGUGGAUGUCGCCAUGGAAGCUGCACCAACAAUCUCUCAUACACAAAAGCAAAUAAUAAGUCGAAUCUGGGCGUUGCGCACACUCAGUCGGUCUUUGAAACCAGUGGGCACAUGUGGCUCUCGAUCAACCGAUAAACCGAUUUACUUUCUAUUGGGGCUCUACGAGACAGCCACGAAGCAUGCAGGCGGGUCGUUGUUGUCAAACUUGAUGCGCGGAAUACAAAAUCUCAACCUACCCCACAGCAAUAUUUUGUUGUUGGCAGUGAAAAUGAAGGUGAAGAAGAGAGUCGGGAAGACCACCCGCAAAACUCUAGAGCAACUAGAAACGUCUCAAACUGCUCUAGAGGACGUCUGGACGAACGCUCCAGUCUACCAUGGCGUCCGAAACCUUUUCUUUGCUGAUUUCGAUCGAAUGUUCCGCCGGCUGGACCUGACCAGUCCGGAAAUGGUCGAACAAUGUCUCCAAUUGGCCAGAUUCGGCAGUUCUCAAAGUAUUUGGUCUAUCUUGACCAUCCUGCGAAGUCAUACACCCUUCAAACUGUGCCUUCACAAAGCCUGGACACCCGUUCCACAUCCCAGCGAGAAAGCGUUGGCACGGUACCACGAGGGCCUGCGAAAUAGCCAGACACCCGACCCUCACGCCGCGGUCGACUUCGUUCACCGCCUGGCUGUCGCGAUCUCUUGUAGCCGCAACCUCACUCCGUUGCGCGCCUUUCAUCUAGUGCACAUGCUGUACGGCUAUCUACGCCGAUACGGCGGCCCUGUGUACCCAUCGCUUGCGCAGGCCAUGUAUCACGCUGGCGUCGUACGUUAUCGUCGAGAAGGGCGUCGUGUACCGGCAACGCAAUACGAAUACAUCCUUUGGAUCGUUGAUAAGUUCGAAGGACGCAAGGCUUCUGAGACACUGAGAAGCCCUGCACGAAUCGGACAGGCUUGA